AAGGCUAGGCUUGGCGUGUACGACGUCCGUCCGGUCCCGCGAUAAAAUUACGUUAUCGCCGCCAUUUUGAGCUGUAGCCAUCCAGGAAAGAGCUGCUGUCUCCGGGCAAGUUUGACAACUUUUUCGGCUAAACGUCAACAACGUCUAGUCGGAUGGAUCUUAUAGUUGUGAACGAGGGAAAGCUAACUACAUCUCGGAUGGAACAUGAUUUAGAUGUGAACGAGGAAAAGCUGAAGGAGAUUCUGCCGAAAGAAAACGAGACGCCAGCUUUAGUUGACCAUGUUUACGGCCCAGGUUUAGCUACCACAACUCACAAACCAUGCAAAAGAUUCUUAAGAAAGCCCGAAGAUCAGUUCAAAUGGUCAGAUGAACAAACAAGAAAGUUCCUAGAACUUCGGCGGAAACAUAUCGACAGCUUCUUCUCAGGGAAGCGAGGAAGCAUCCAGGACACAUAUGCAGUGAUUCUUGAGGAGAUGGGUCUGACAGGGCAGGUGACUCCUUCAAAGGCUCGUAAAAAAUGGAACAACAUGGCGCAGCUUUACAGGAGACUUGUGAAUCAGCCCACCAUUGAUGCAGGAGAUGGCAAAAAGUUAGUCCCUUCGAUUUCUUGGCCAUUCUUCCGAGAUGUGGAACGGACCUUGGAGCUUGAACCACAAGGUGUUCAAGAGGAAGAGAGCGAACGGUAUGAGGGCACCAUCCUGGAAGAGCUCAGUGACCACAUUAAUGCCCAGCUCCUGAAAGUAUCUGCACCGCCCCAAAAGAAGUCCAAGAAAACGAAAAUGAGAAAGGCUGCAGUGUUGGAAAUGAUCGCAGAGCUUCAUCAACUGAACAAAAGUCAGGAAGAAAUUCUGACGGCCAAAAAUGAGCUCACCCUGAAGAUCCUGACCCAGUUAGUCUGAGGUGGUUUAUUUGAUUUCAGAUGUUGUGUUAAUUUGUUACACCGUUCAGUCUGUUAUUUGCUUUCGUUUGUGUUAGUUGUUUCAUUCAAUUGAUUUAUUUGUUUUUAUUUAUGAAUUACUUGUUUUCUAAAUUUAAUGUGUUGGUUUUUUUCCUUAUUAUUAUCCAUUACUAAAACCCCACACUCAGAAAUUACCCUGUGGGUGCAUUUUCGUUUGUUCUCUAA